CCAAACAGAAACAUUUAGGGUCCAUUUGCUUCACGUGUUCUCCUGCUGUUCUGCCACCAUGCCGAAGUCAAAGAGGGACAAGAAAAUCUCAUUAACAAAAACUGCCAAGAAGGGUCUGGAAUCCAAACAGAAGUUAAUCGAGGAGCUACGGAAAUGUGUGGACACCUAUAGAAACCUGUUCAUAUUCUCUGUGGAAAAUAUGAGGAAUAACAAGUUGAAAGACAUCAGGACAGCAUGGAAACAUAGCAGAUUCUUCUUUGGCAAAAAUAAAGUGAUGAUUGUUGCUUUGGGAAAAGGACAAACAGAUGAAUACAAAGAUAAUUUGCACAAGGUCAGCAAGUAUUUGCGUGGAGAGGUGGGAGUACUUUUCACUAACAAAACAAAGGAUGAAGUACAAGAAUAUUUUAACCAUUUCAAAGAGACAGACUACGCUCGCGCAGGCAACCAGGCACAGAUGGACGUAACGCUGGAAGAAGGUCCUCUUGAACAGUUUCCUCACUCAAUGGAGCCUCAACUGAGGCAGCUGGGACUUCCCACUGCUUUAAAGAAAGGAGUGGUAACGCUGCUCAAAGCCUACGAUGUCUGUAAAGAAGGGGACGUUCUGACUCCUGAACAAGCUCGGCUUCUGAAACUGUUUGCCAUUGAGAUGGCAGAAUUUAAAGUGCAGAUCAAAUGUAUGUGGAACUCGGAGACAGGCGAGUUUGAGAGUUUGGCUGGUGAGGAAGAGCCUCUGGAGGAAAAGGAUGAUGAUGAUGAUGAUGCAGAAUAAAACUUCUGCAAAGACAGCUAACAUUUAAAAGCAGAUGGACUUAUUUGGAAGCUUGUCACAUUUUUAUUAUAAAAUUACUUCAAAACAGGAA